AUGUUCAUCUCCAUGGUGCUGGUGCUUGGCUGUUUGCUGCAGAGGAAACUGGUGACCACAGAGGGGCAUCAUGGGACCAAUUGCUUUGUCUUCUAUGCAGUGCAUGUGGACGGGGGCAUCGGAGCCGCCAGAGCUCUGGCCGCACAGCACAGACUGGAGUUCAUCCAACAGGUUGGCAGCCUGGAGGAUGUGUACAGCCUGAGAGACAGCAGGGGGCGCUCUGACCGAGCCACCUUUGAGAGCAGGCUUGCGACUGCACCAGGGGUUCAAUGGUUCCAGCGGCAGUACAGUCAUUACAGAGAGAAACGGGCUCCUGUGAGAGGACUGGACCACAGCAAUGCUCACAGUACCGGCAUUCCACCUCACUGGAGGAAAGGGAAAUCUGGGAGGUCUUUCACCAUUGGCUGGAGACCAGGGACUUCCUGAAGUCAUAGUUCCCAAAGGAGGGAGUAUACAACUGACAGGCGCCCUGAGGAGAGGAAGAGUGACCAAUCCCUCACCUUCAACGACCCGCUCUGGCCCAUGCAGUGGGAACUGUUUACACAGGGUGAGUACAACUCCGGUGGGGUUGACCUAAAUGUGAUGCCAGUUUGGAGCAAAAACAUCACGGGUAGCGGAGUAGUGGUCAGCAUCAUCGACGACGGUGUAGAUCACACAAAUAAAGACCUGAAGAGAAACUUUGAGGCCCUCGCCAGUUUGGACGUGUGUGCCUCACACGGUCCAUCUCACGAUCCCAUGCCUGUCAAAGACGAGGAGAACAGUCACGGCACCCGGUGUGCAGGGGAGGUUGCCAUGGAGGCCAACAACUCCUACUGCGGUGUGGGCAUCGCCUUUAAUGCCAGGAUUGGAGGUAUCCGCCUUUUGAACGGCCCUGUCACUGAUGCCAUGGAGGCCACAGCUCUGACCUUCAACUUCCAAUUCAUCGACAUCUACGUCUGCAGUUGGGGCCCGCGGGACGACGGGGCCAAGCUGGACGGGCCGCACAGACUGACAGCGAAAGCCCUGCAGCUAGGAACUCACAAGGGCCGAGGUGGGAAGGGCAGCAUCUUUGUGUGGGCGGCAGGUAAUGGUGGGAAGAAUCAUGACCACUGCGGCGCUGACGGUUAUGUUAACUCCAUCUACAACAUUGCCAUCGGCGCUGUCACUCAAACAGGGAAGCCCGCCUACUUCGGUGAGCCCUGCCCCGGGGUGAUGGCUGUCACUCUGACAGGGGCCGGCGUGGGAGGACCACUAACUCUGAUCACUGUGACCAACAUUGGUGAUGGCUGCGUCACACACUUUGUCGGAACAUCCAGUGCUGCUCCGAUGGCGGCAGGAAUUCUGGCCCUUGUCUUAGAAGUAAAUCCUGAGCUGACGUGGAGGGAUGUUCAGCAUCUGAUCGCCAUGACAGCAAAGAUCCCCGACCCCGAAGAGCCCGGCUGGAACAUCAACGCAGCAGGAUACCAUGUUCACCAUAGGUAUGGCUUUGGAUUGUUGGAUGCUGGGCUGAUGGUGCAGCAGGCUGCACACUUCAACUCGGCUGCUCAGCAGAGAAAGUGCACCCAAGAAGUCGCACUUCAUCCCAGCAGGAUCCUUUCUUCGGGAGGCAGGGUCAGUGUGAACAUCCCGUCAGAGGCCUGCAGUGGAGGGACUAAUGAAAUCAGUAAUCUGGAGCAUGUUCAGGUGACAGUGAGCAUCAGUGCAGUGUGUCGCGGCGACCUCUCCAUAAGCCUGCAGUCUCCAGGAGGCACCGUCUCACUGCUGCUGGACACACGACCCAAUGACGCCUCCACUGACGGCCUGACAAACUGGACCCUGAUGACUGUGCACUGCUGGGGGGAGCAGGCACGAGGAUCGUGGAGCCUCCAGGUGACUGACCACAAAGGCACUGUGCGGGGGUGUGCGAGGCUGACUGAAGAGGAGGCAGCCGGAGCCGUGCUCGCUGUUACACUCAUCCUCUAUGGCACCUACCACCCACACCAGACCACGCACGAAGGACCCCCGCAGAGCAUUGUGUCCAUGGGGUCACGCCACCUCGUCCCUCACAGGGGGGUGUACCAGGGGGACCUUUACCCGCCUCUGUGGCUCAUUCAGUGGAUCUACCAAAUGGAGAGAGACAGAAAGGUGCAGGCUGCUGAUAUCAACGUACCCGCCAGACCCAAGUUACAUCAGACGAAUCUACGGAAGUCCUCCACGAGACCUGCUGCUGCUGUGAAGACAUUUCAAGAGACUGAGACCAUUCCAGCUGAUGUGAAAGGAGAGAUCAGACCCUUACCACUGCAGAGACUGCAGGAUGCUGUCAUGGUGGAGGUGCAGCCGUCAGACUCUUCAGAUCCGGGGGGUGGAGGAGCUGUGAGCGGAGAGGCAGAGGAAGGGACGAGGGAAUAG